GUUCCUCUGCGCACGCGCCGUUUUUUAGCUUGGCAUCCUUUGUAAGCUCCCUGAGCUGAGGUGCCCCUUUCCCAUUGGCUGGGCAAACUUUGGUCAAGGAACAAAAUGGCCGCCACGCCUCAGCAGCCAUCUUGCCCCCCAAGUGGCUCCCCUGGCCAAGGGAGGAGGGGCGAGGAGGCUCCCCAGCUGCUGCCCACCCUCAGCCGGGGCACCGUGGCCCUAUGCCUCCUCUACUACAUGCGCCUCCAGCGGGGCCGGCGCCUGAGGGAGGCCGCCCGACGUCGCCGCGCCGCACGCCACCGCCGGGCCCAGGCCCGCUCACGCCAGCGCUUCGCCCUGCUGUGGCUCUGCCGGACGUUGGCUCGGGCUCCCGGCCUGGCGGGCUUCUGCCAGGACCCCAGCGGCAGCGGCGGAGACGGCAGCCUUCCCCGUCUGCUGCGGGAGCGGCGCCUGUGGAGCAAAGCUCGCAGCUCGGCCUUCUGGGAAAUCGUGCGGGCCAAGGCCUUCAGCCAGUGGGAGUGGGUGGAGAACUUCCGCGUCUCGCCGGGCACCUUCGACUACCUUUGCGCCCAGCUGCGCGGAGCCAUCCAGCGGCGGGACACCAACAUGAGGCGCGCCAUCCCGGCCGACGUGCGCCUGGCCAUGACGCUGUGGCGCCUGGGCGCCUGCACCGAGUACCGGGCGGUGGAGCAGCUCUUUGGCGUCUCCCGCUCCACCGUCUGCAAGAUUCUGCGCGACGUGUGCGAGGCCGUGGUGGGCAUCCUCACGCCGCUGUACGUGCGGCCCCCGGACCCUGCGGAAGUCGCUGCCGGGAACGGCUUCCCCUUGCCCCAGCUGGCCGGCGUGCUUGGGUCCCUGCACAUCCCCAUCCGCGCGCCCAACGAGAACGCCGCGGGCUACUACAACCGCCACGGCUGGCACUCGGUGGUGGUCCAGGCCGCCGUCGAUUCCCGCGGCUGCUUCUGGGACAUCAACGUCGGCUGCCCGGGACGGGUGACGGACAGCCAGGUUUUGUGCACGUCUGAGCUGUACCAGCGUGCGCAAGAGGGCGAGCUGUUUUCAGGGGCGUCCCAAGCCAUCCGUGGGGUUCAGGUGCCCGUUUACCUGCUGGGCGGCUGCUCCUACCCUUUCCUCCCGUGGCUCAUGAGGCCCUACCGGGACGAGGUCCUAACUCCCGCCCAACACCGCUUCAACGAGUACGCCGCUGCCGCGCGGACUGUGGUGGGAGUUGCCUUCGGCCGCCUGCGGGGACGCUGGCGCUGCCUCACAAAACGCAACGACACCGAUGUCUCCUUCCUGCCCACCCUCAUCGCCGCCUGCUGCACCCUCCACAAUGUCUGCGAGGCGCGGGGGGACGUCUUCCAGCCCUGCUGGAUGGAGCAGCACGCUGACGAACAGCGGGAGGAGCACCCGUUCAACGACGGCGGGGAGGGGGAGGAGGACGCGGAGGCCGUGGCGAUCCGUGAUGCACUGGCAUCAGCGCUGAGAGGCUGAUUGGGGAAGAAGUGGAGGAGCUGCAAAACGCUCCCCUGGGACACAGAGCAGCUCGAGCCGCUGCGGGAAUCUGUAGGCCGUCAGGUUACACAGAACGUUUCGGCAGGCGAAUCUGCCCUGGCUGGCAGGGGCUUGAGAAGAGUUGGGGUCCAAAACUGCCCAGUGGAGGCAGGUUGGCCAAGGCCAAGGCGCAUGGAUGCCGUGUGUUUUGAAGUUCAGCAUUCGCCAUCAGCGACCUCCCUUGAUAACGUUAGCAGCAGUUAUUUCACCUGAUUUGUGAUUCCAAUCUUGAGGACUAGUGCCGAAAAUGCAAGAGUGGGUUACGAAUAGGAGAAAAGCAGGAUGGCUUAUUGGGAAGGCGGAAUAAUAUUUGGAAUUUAGAGGUUAGAAAUGCGUGUGCCGUAUCCAACUGGAAGGGAAAGUGGGUCUGGAGCUUGCAAAGUGGCGGGAACUGGGGGAAUACCAGUCUUUAA